AUGACUGGUACAAUUAGUGGUGGAACUCCAGAAAGUGAUACUGCUGGCAAAAACGGAUACGCCUCUCGCUCCUCGAGUGCUACAAAAUCUUACUACAAACGAUGUCAUAAAGUCGAUCAGAUAUUGUGGAGCCUACUCAAUGGCAUGCAAUAUGCUACUAUUCCAAGGUCAGAAAUUCUUCUUAAUGUUGAGAAAUGGAAUAAUACAUUAAUUGGAUAUGUGCUUGGUGAUAAACCUUUCUAUUCACAUCUAAAAGGUUGUGUUGGACGUCUUUGGAAAGUAAACUGUUCCCUUGAAAUUUUUUCUAGAGAGAAUGGAUUCUUCUUUUUUAAAUUUGGUUCAAGUGAAGAGAUGAACAGAGUUUUAAAUGGUGGCCCUUGGCUAUUUGAUGGAAGGCUUAUCAUUCUCAAACAAUGGUCUGAAAAUAUUGGGUUAGAAAGAGAUCUCCUUACUACUGAGCCAGUUUGGAUUAGAUUCCCUUCUUUGCAUCUCAAGUUAUGGUCUACUAAUAUUAUUGGACGUAUUGCUAGCACUGUGGGUAUUCCUAUAUAUAUUGAUCAAGCUACUGCAUCUGGGGAGAGACUAGCAUAUGCCAGAUGUUUUGUGGAAAUCUCUUCUAAAGCUAAACUUCCGAAUUCUGUUAGAAUGGAUUUAGGCAAUGGAGAAUGGCUAGAAACUAAAGUGGAAUAUGAAUGGGUUCCUCCUAAAUGUAGCAAAUGUUUAGUUUUUGGACAUGUUGAGUAUCAAUGCCCUGUAGUUCUAGUUGAGAAAUGGGUCCCUAAAGCUACAUCUGAUGAAAGAGUUAAGGCCAUAGAAAAUGAGUUACAUGUUAAUGAUUCUAACUUGUCAGAUAAGACUUCUUCUCAGCAUAGUAUUCCAGACAUUGGUGCUAGCUCUGAUCAACCAAAAAUUGUUUCAGAUUCAGGUUCUCCUCAAGAGGAUGUUAUCAAUUCAUAUGGCUCAGAUAAAGGAAAAACAGUUCUAUCUGCUCCAAAUUUAUCGGAAGGAAAUGAUAAUUUGGUAUAUGGAAAUGCAGGUAUAAAUGAGGUACUACCAAAUGUGGAUGAUAAUGAUUCUGAAGACAUAUUAAAUGAUGAUACUUUUAUCAAUAUUGAAUUAAAUGAGUCUGUGGAAUUAUUAAAUCAAGAUGUGGUUGAUCAGAAUAAGAUGAUACAAGGCAUACAGGAUUCUACACUUAUUAGUGAGCACUCUGAUACAAGUAAAUCCUUAUCAGCUACAAAGGUGAACUUUGAUUCUUCAGACCCUACUACAAUUAUGUCAAAGAAGAAUGUCCAUGCAGCCAAUACAGGUUUUAAUAAUCAUAUUAAUUCCAGUCAUGCGCAACAAUAUCAAGAAGAGAAUGAUUCUUUACAAACAGGAGAAGAUAAAAUGAAGGAGAAAGUAAUAGAUUUUCCUAUUGCUACUGACAAUCCUGCCUGGUUACUAGAGAAAAAUCUGCUAGGUAGAAUAUGGAUAGCUUGGGAUUCUGAGGUGUGGAAUGGGUCAGUAUUAUCAGUUACAUUACAACAAAUAACUAUAAGUCUUCAGAACAAUGGAGGGCUCAGACUGAUUUUGAGUGUCAUUUAUGGGGAGAAUUCAGAAUUAAGAAGAACAGCAUUAUGGGCUGACAUUUCAGAUAUCUAUACCAAAGUUAACAAUAUGCCAUGGUUGUUAGUGGGUGAUUUCAAUAUUUGUAGAUUCUCUUCAGAGAAAGUUGGAGGUAUGAAAUUAACUACCAAGAAGCUUCAAGCAUUCAAUGACUGUCUUCAGCUAUGUGGUUUAUCUGAUAUCAAGAGUACGGGGUUAACUUGGACAUGGCAUAAUAAUCAACAAGGUAGAUACAGAAUCUAUGGUAAGUUAGAUAGGGCUCUGGGAAAUACUAAUCUGAUUGAUAAAUUUCCUAAUGCUUUUAUAGAAUAUAAAAGCUCCUCUUCUAGUGAUCAUACUCCAGUUAUUGUUCAUCUUGUAGCCUGCACAAAUUCAGAUCCAAAACCUUUCAGGUUCUUUAACUACUGGGUUCAAUGCCAGGGAUAUGAAGAAUUGAUCAAAGAGGUCUGGAAUAAUCAUUUUGAAGGCUCUACUAUGUUCAGAUUUGUUACCAAGCUUAAAAAUCUCAAAAAAGCUCUGAAACAUUGGACUAAAGAGACUUUCUCUUCAACAAAGGCUAAUAUUCUUAAAUUAUCUAAACAGUUGGAGAUCAUUCAAAGUAAAUUAAAUCAGGAUAUGGCAAAUGAGGAGUUACAGUCAGGAGAAACUGUAGUAUCUUAUGAACUUAGUGGAUGGCUUGAUAAGGAGGAACUUGAGCUCAGACAAAAAAGCAGACAAUUAUGGCUUCAACAAGGAGAUAGAAAUACUAAAUUCUUCUAUAACGCUAUUAAGCACAGAAUUUCUACAAACAAUAUCAGGUAUAUUAUUAAUCAAGAUGGUACUCCUAUAUCUUCUUUUGACAAGAUGAAAAUGAUUGCCCCUAGAUUCUAUGAAGAUCUUUUCAACCAAACUUCAUACUGGAAUGUGUUUCCUAAAGUCACAGUGAAGAAAAUCCUAACUGUAGAAGCUAAGCAAUGGUUAGUUAAGGACAUCAAUCACAAGGAGAUUAAAGAGGCACUUUUCCAAAUGAAUCCAGAUAAGGCUCCAGGCCCUGAUGGGUUUAACGCUUAUUUUUACCAACACAAUUGGAGUAUGAUCAAGGAUGAUGUGAUUGUUGCUGUGAAGUCUUUUUUCUCUUCAGGUAAAAUACUUAAACAGAUAAACCACACUUUUCUCACUCUAGUGCCAAAAUCAAAAGAAGCCACUUCCAUUCAAGAUUAUAGGCCUAUCUCUUGCUGCAAUGUUAUUUACAAAAUUAUUUCUAAGAUCUUAAGUAACAGAUUGAAGUUGGUUGUGGGAGAGUUGAUUUCAAAUAAUCAACAUGCUUUUCUGCAAGGUAGACAAAUAGGUGAAUGUUCUUUAUUGGCGCAUGAACUUCUAAGAGAUUUCUCUAAGAAGCAUGGAAAAAGAGCUUGUUUCAAAAUUGAUCUGCAUAAAGCUUUCGAUAGCAUAAAUAGGGAGUUUGUUUACUAUAUUAUGCACUGCAUGGGAUUUCCACCAAUAUGGAUCAAUUGGAUCAAAGAAUGCCUCUCUACCCCUUCUUUUUCAGUCCUGUUAAAUGGCUCUUCAACUGGGUUUUUUCAAAGCAAUAGGGAUAUUAGACAGGGGGAUCCUCUAUCCCCUUAUAUAUUUGUUUUGGUGAUGGAAUUUUGGUCUAUUAGCAUGGAGGUUGCUACCAUUUCGGGGAAAAUUCAGAAUAUUAAGAAGAAUCACAAUCUGCAAGUAUCCCACUUAUUAUUUGCUGAUGAUAUGCUGGUCUUUUGUAGAGCUAACAGGAAUUCUUUUGAGGGCAUUAACAAUUUAUUGGAGUCUCUUACACUUUAUAUAGGGCUGAGUAUCAAUAAAAGCAAAAGCAGAAUUUUCUUCAGCAAAGGAUGCAGAAAUAAAGAUGUUCUAAGUUCUUUUAUGGGCAUAUCAAGAGGGUAUCUCCCAGUCAAAUACUUGGGUUUACCUUUAUCUUUCAAUUAUCCUAAAGCUAAAGAUUUUCUACCGCUAAUUGAUAAAGUUAGAAGAAAGAUUGAAGGCUGGAUUACAUACUCCUUAUCUUUUGCUGGAAGGAUUGAACUCAUUAAAUCAGUUCUAUAUAGUACCAUUGCAUAUUGGUAUUUUGUCUAUAAAUUCCCCAACUCAAUUGUUCACAGUUUGGAGUCUAUUUUUGCUAACUUUCUAUGGAAAGGAAAGUUACAUACUAUCAAUUGGAAGGAUAUUUGCCGUCCAAAAAAAGAAGGAGGAUUUGGUUUGAGGAAAUUAAAUGAUCUAUGUCAUGCUGCUGGCAUUAAAUUGAUAUGGAGACUUAUUACUACUUCUACCCUUUGGUCUAAUUGGAUGAAAUUCAGAUAUGUCAGGGAUGGAAAUUUUUGGGAUGCACCAGCUCAUGCUAUGGACUCUGGAACUUGGAAGUUCUUUUCAGGUCUUAAAUCUAAAGCAAUGUGUUGCAUUAGGAAAUCAAUUGGUAAUGGUGAAACAACUUCUCUUUGGUUUGAUCCUUGGGUUCUUGAAGGCAGACUGUCGGAUACUCUAUACCAAAUAAAUCCACAUCUAACAGGCACAGAAGAUUGGUCAGUUGCUCACAUCAUUCAACAAUCUCAAUGGCAUGUUGUAUUACCAUGUCUCUUUCCAAUAAUUCAGUAUAUCUCAAAUAUUAAAAUAAUUGGGCAAGAUGAUCAAUGGUUUUGGCUACCUAAUGCAAAUGGUAAAUUCACUUUUGAGUCAGCAUGGAAUCAGGUAAGAACAUCUUACCCUUCUUAUGAGUUUUUUAAUGUGGUUUGGUUUCCUUCAUCAAAUCCUAAGAUGGCUUGCUGUAUGCUUAAAAGUUUAUAUAAUAGAUUGGCAACUAGAGACAGACUGUUCAGAUUUGGAAUUAUCUCUGCUGUGGAGUGUGUUCUCUGUUCUGGUGGGAUUGAGUCUAGAGAUCACCUUUAUUUUCAAUGUCCUUAUUCUGCAUAUAUUUGGAAGCUCUGUAAACUCAAACUUCAGCUUGAUGCCACGGUCACAAAUGACCUCAGAAAUGAAGCUCUGGAAAUUCAAUCAAAGUUCAAGUUGAAAGACAAAACUUAUAUUCUGUCCAGAAUGGUUUUAAAUGCAGCUGUAUGGCAUAUUUGGCAAGAAAGAAAUAGGCGUAUAUUUCAAGCUCAACAGUUGCACAAGGUGAUGGUGUUUAGACGUCUCUACGAGGAUAUAAAUGUUUUACUUAGAACCUGCACAUGGAAGACUGGUAAUAAUAAUAUCCUUGCUAAUUGGGAAUCUGCAGAGAAAUGUAAUUAA